AUGGAGAAUUUACCUUACAGAAGUCUGUGCAAUGCAUUUUUGAUAUCGGUUUUAAGCUAUAUUGCCACUGUUUUGGUUUACAACGCCUUUUUCCACCCCCUAUCAAAGUUCCGUGGAAGUCCUACAUGGGUUGUAUCGCGAGUUCCAUUUAUCUACACUAUGCUUUCUGGGAAACUUCCCUAUCACAUCAAGAAAUUGCACGAUGAAUAUGGUACUGUUUUACGAGUUGCUCCAGACGAGCUUUCGGUCACAGACCCUCAAGCAUAG